AUGGGAAGUGGAUGUGCCACGUUAUGUUUCUUUACGGCCGUGUGUUUUUUGAUUUUGUGCCUGCCUGAGACAAAUUUCGCCCAACAGGCGACUGCACCAUGGUACGAAAAUUUACCAGCGGUCGCUAUGGACUACAAGGUCCACAUAGACCCUGGCAAAGAGGACUGUUAUUUUCAAUAUGUUAACCCUGGAGCCACUUUUUACGUCAGCUUUCAAGUAGUUAGGGGUGGAGAUGGUAUGGCUGGUUUUGCCGUGCGUCAUCCAACAGGUACAAUAGUGCACCCCUAUCAAUGGAAACCCAAUAGCGAAUAUCAAGACCAAAGUUCGACAGGUGGUUAUUACUCUGUCUGUAUUGAUAACCAAUUUUCGAGGUUUGCUGGAAAAUUAGUGAACAUUUAUAUUACUGUUGUGAGAUAUGAUAUGUGGGAGAAGUAUACCAAGGAAAUUGAGCAACUUAAUAUGGAUAUGGAAAACUUUACGACUGCAAUUGUUGAUGUGGAAAGAAAUAUAAAUGAAAUGCUGCAGUAUCAGCAUUAUUCCAGAGGUAGAGAGGCUUGGGAUUUAAACUUAUUAGAAUCCAAUAAUUCUUAUGUUAUUCGUUGGUCUUUAAUACAAAUCGUCGUAAUUGCUGCCACUACGGCUGUACAGGUUUAUUUUGUAAGGAAAUUGUUUGACCUUAAAAGUGGAGGGGGUGGAAGGGGAAGAUCUGGGAUUUAA